AUGCUGAAGAAAUUGGAAACAGACAUGUAUACAAGGCAGGAAUUGCUGUUCAUAUCAACGGAGCUGCAAAGCAUUCGAAGAGAUCCUGCCUGCGCGGAGAAGAGGCCUGUGAAAGUUUAUCUCGAUAUGGUGGCGGCACCAUUCGAAACAGACGAUGCAGAAAUGGAAGAUUCGAUUAGAGCCGCGGUUCGUCGCUCAGGAUAUCACUCUAGACGACAACCUAUCUUAAGAAGCUUGGCCGUGUGGAAAAACAGAGCUGUCACUAUGGAUCAUGUGCCUCCGGAGUUCAGCACCCUGCGCGAUGGAUCCACGUUCCUCGACUACCAAGCGCCUGGGUUCCACAUCUAUUACUCUUUGGCGACCAUACAGACCGGAGCCGAGCAAGAGUUCUGCGCAAGCGAGAUAAAGAAAGAAGAGCUAAAAUUGCAGAAGAGAUGA